AUGAGCAGCGCGGGCGCGCUGUUUGCGCCGCCGCUGUCCGCCGCCGAAGCGCUCUCCUCGCUGCUCUGGCAGCCGUACGAGUGCCGCUCGCCGCCCCUCACGCACUCCCACACCGAUGGAGCGCUAUUCCGCGGGGGGGCUGCGGCCGCCGCGUGCCAGUCGCCCAGCGGCGGUCGUCAUGCGCGCGCGUCGUACCGCGCUUACACUCCCCGCCACGAGAUGCGGCUGCCCGUGCCGGCGCCCGCCCCGCUUCGGAAGUCGGACUCGGUCUCAGUGCGCGUGCCUGGAGAGCCGAGCCGUCAGAACGUGUCUAGUGUGAACAUAGUGCAGGUGCAGGAUGCGCCGACCAGUUUUAACGUGAACAGUGCCGUGCAGACCGAGAGGGAGCGAAGUGUAGCCACUGCCGAAUGUCAAACGGAUGAGCCGCGGCGGCGGCGCACGCGCCGGACUCGUGCGCCGCGGGCGCCUCCCGAACUGCUGGAAAGCGUGCCGCCGCCGCCCUACAGCACGCUGCCACCACCACCCCACGUUGUACCAGUACCCGUGGCGGUACAUCCGCCUCCACCAGCCACCCUCAUCGCGCCGCAGUUGCAGCCACCACGCUUCCCUUUCCAGCCGAUUCCUCUCAGAUCAGGCAGAGGAGCAGCCUAUGCAUGUUCAGAAGGAGAGGGCAACGCACCAAAAUCCUGCUGUGGACGACCCCCCCUAAGGCUUUGUGUAUUGUUCCUGGGAGUGGUGGGGGCCUGUUUGGUAGCCGCUGGUGCAGUACUUGGAGCCCUAAGGCCACAUCCUAGAGCGCCGCUCACUUUACUACUUCUUAUGAUAGGUAUAGGCGUGGUGCUGGUUACAGCAGCUGGACUAGCGUGGCGAUUGGGCGCUCGCGAUGCUCCUUGCGCACUGUUGGGUCUACGGCGCGCCUCCUGCAGAAGGCUCGUGCCAAGACUGCCCCCCAGCUACGCCAGGCCACAUCAUCCAUAUGCAGCCAUGCUUUAUCCAGAGUUCCACUAUCGACCGCCACCGCCAACAUACCAGGCAUCUAUGCAAGAGUAUAGACUCAGGUUACUUCUGUUAGACAGAAGUGUGCCAGCGGUGUCGCCGCCUCCUACAUACAGGUCGAACUCAGCCAGUCUAGUCAGUAGAGGAUCCACCGGUGUGGCGUGGUGCGGUUCUGAAUAUAGCGGUCCGCCGUCGUACCGAGCGCCCCGUUCCGAGCCAGCGGUUACAGUCACCGACACCCUUCCCUCUCUUAACCCUCUCGACCUCAAAUACGCCGACGAUGCCAUCGAAGCACUACCUAAACCCACAGAGCAGGAAAAAGACCCAGACGAACAUCUAGUAACUAUAGUACACACAGACAAUCAACCAGUCAUCGUUACAGUGUCAGGGUCGCCAGCCCUCAACGAUACGCACACGCAACCGCCCUCCGAAAUAGACAUACUGGCACAUUUAUAACGAACCCAGUUCUUUACAUAGUGUAAUAAGCGCGAGUGAUAAAGUGGGAUAUGAGAGAAGGCUUGUGAUUUCAACGCAACGAUCUGAAACGACAAAAUUAAGCGAGUGCUAAAAGUGUACAGUUAUUCUUGGAAGUGAAAAGUGUCUUUAUCAAAGCUCGAACUGUUAAUUAUUGUGUAAUGUAUAGAAGAAAUGA